AUGGACUUGGCUGCAAGAAAUUGCUUAUAUUCACAGGAUAAAGUGGUGAAAAUCAGCGAUUUUGGACUGUCACGAUUAGGGGUGAACUACACGAUUCGUAGCCCACGAAAAUUGCCAAUCAAAUGGUUGGCUCCGGAAACGAUCGCUACAUUCACUUUCUCCCUGAAAACCGACGUAUUCAGCUAUGGGGUAAUGGUGUAUGAGAUAUUCACCAACGGAAAAGAACCAUGGGAUGGAUAUUCGAAUGCGGAAGUUAAGAAAGGGGUAAGCGGCUCGUAA